AUGCGCAAUAACCUUUUGGCUGCAGUCUACGUUUUAUCGUCGACAAUAUGUUCUGUUAGUGGUUGCUCCGAGGUUUUGGGAAACUGGUUUUGCAAUGCGGUUGAAGCUAUUGAAUACAGCAAUGUCGGCGCAUCAGGAACUUAUAAUCAAAUCACCAACAUGGCCUCUGAUGGAACUUGUUCUUCUACACCAAAGUCUUUUUCUGGCCCGAUCUCUCCAUUGGAUGAAGAAAUUUCCUUUCAUUUUCGGGGUCCUCUUCAGCUGAAGCAGUUCGCAGCAUAUACCCCAGGCACUACUACCAGCAAGGAAAAACGUGAGGGCUCGACCGCUAGACGUCGUCGCUAUCAUCAACAUCUUGACAAACAUGUCAAGGCAGGCAAUAAGAAGCGCGGCAAGAUUUCUGCUACCAUUGACGGACAGCUUGUCUCCUGGGAUGAUAACUCGCCAACUCCGGUUGCUAAUGUUUAUGAUGGUGCUGCAAAAGUAGUUACCGCCACAAUCAACGACGAGAUACAAACGUGGGCCAACAACUGGUUUGGAUCAAGUACUUCGAAAUCAGUACACCCAGCACCCACUACCGUGUUUCAAGGUGUAUCUCAAGGUGCAGCUGCAAGUGUAAAGCCUCAAAAGACUUCUACAUCUUUAACCAUCCCACCCGCCAGCACAUCCGUCUCAGUAUCUCAGGCACCCGCUAGCACAACUAUUGCUGCGCCUCAAGCUCCCGCAAGCAAACCCACCUCCGCCACUUCCGCCACUUCUGUAGCAUCCGGUUCUUAUGGCAGAAUAGGUUAUUAUGAUGCUGUUGAGCAGACUCUCGACAAUUUGGUAUUUCUUGGAAAUCACGGGGGUCAAGGUUCGGGUGUAUUCGAUGAAGCUUAUGGAGCUUCACUUUCUUUCACAGACAGCAGUGGCACAGGUGGUGCAUCGUCACCUCAGAUACUCGCUGAUACCACGUUGCCAUCGGAUUCCGAGGUUAUUGUCAUGCUCGACGAAGAAUGCAACAAUGAUUGCGGUUACGUACGACCUGGAUCUGUUUCUUACCAUGGUUUCAAUGGAGCGAACAAAGUGUUUCUUCUAGAAUUUAGCAUGCCGACAGAUGGGACCUCUGGAUUCAAUGCCGACAUGCCAUCAAUUUGGGUCCUCAACGCCCAGAUUCCGCGUACAAUUCAAUACGGAGCUGCAAGUUGCUCAUGUUGGGAAUCUGGAUGCGGCGAAUUUGAUAUUGCGGAAGCACUCAACGCUGGUUCGACAUUCUUGAAGUCCACACUCCAUACAAACAAGCCUGGAGGCGAUUCAGACUACUUUGUACGCCCGACUUCUAGCACAAUGAAACUUGCCGUUGUCUUCAGUUCCGCCAGCUCAACUAUACAUAUUCAGGUUCUGCCUACGAACUACGACUUCCCCACGAGUUUAACAACAGAUGCCAUUCAGAGCAUCUGUGGCACAAGUACGGGAACCAAGCUCUCCGAAUUUGCUAUCUCCUGA